AUGGUCCACUACUGCAAAAUCGUCAGCGAGAACGUCGAGAGGACGGUGUGCGCUCGCGCUGACAACGUCAAAUGCUCGUUCAAAAACACGCAUCAGACAGCCGCCGCCGUUCGUGGCCGCCGGCUACUGGACGCGCGUGAGUACCUGACCGCAGUCGUUGAGAAAAAGCGCUGCAUCCCCUUCACCCGCUUCAACGACGGCGUCGGCCGCACUGCGCAGGCUAAGGAGUUCAAGCUUACGCAAGGCCGCUGGCCCGAAAAGUCUGCCAAAAACAUUCUCGCGCUCAUUCAGAACCUCGAGGCCAACGCCAAGGCUAAAGGACUCGACCCCGCCGAACUGGUCAUCUCGCACAUCGUCGUACAGCGCGCCGCGAAAGGUCGCCGCCGCACUUUCCGUGCACACGGCCGCGUCACGCCUUACUGCAGCCACCCGUGCCACAUCGAACUAAUUUGCUCGCCCAUGAAGCACCUCGUGCCCAAGGCGCCCACCGACGAGACGCACGUCGAGGUCAAGCUCAGCAAGGCCGCGAACGCCGCCCGCGAAAUUCCGCUAGCCGAGUAA